AUGACCAGGCCCCGCGGAGGUUCGAUGGAUUCCCCCGACAUCGCGCGGUCCCCCGGCCACAGACGAUCGCACAGCUAUCGGUCAAAGCUACCAUCGAAUGCACCCACAGCCAUACAGCAGAAUACCAUUGAAGUAUCUGACUCGUCGCGGGUUCUUCCACGCUAUCGAGAUGACCGGAGACGCAGAUUCAACGGGCUGGUACGAAGAUACAAAGCGCAGCUACUUCAUGGCUGUGACAACCCUGGAUGCCGAAACCCUACAUGUGCGAGCCACCGCCGACGAACCAGCGAAGGCCCAUACCGUCGGUACACCGAUUUGAGCGCGCGGACUCUGGCUUGCUACCUGGCUAGCUUGGACGAUGCGGAAGCUGGCUUGUGCCAUAACACAUUAAAACCACCGCCGCAAUUUGAAUCACUUGACUUGCAACAAAUUUCCAUGCGCCGGGCUCGUUUCUUCCAGAUGGAAGAAGCAGGGAUCCUGAUAACGCCGCACGCAAGCCCGGAAGAUGCAACCAAUGCAACCGCUCACACUCACCUUGCACAGGGUGCCGCGCCGUCAAUGGAUUCUCCGGAAACGUCUCCCAUCGGUACGGGCAUCAGUCAACAGGAACUUGAUCGCAUUCAGUGUGAACAAGUCGAUCGUAUGCCGGGUUUGGAAGCGAAGGACCCGAAAUCCUUUACGCAGAACUUAUUCGAUACACUUUCGCUCAGAAUGGUCGAAUGGUUACCCCUUCGUCGCACAACAGGUCCCCCAGAGCCGAAGAUUGAUCUUGAACCCUCAAGGCCCACGCCCCAGAGUCCUUCUGCGGCUGCCAAAGAUGUCCCUGACGAGAAGACUUCAGGUAAGCCGAAGAAAGAAGCUACAAAAUCUAUGAUAUCAAGCCAUUCGGGUGUCCAACCUCGCACUCCUUCAUCUCGAACAUCGGUGCCUCAGCCAGCUGCAGUAGAAGUCAAGGUCCAGAACCAACAUGUCAAGCGAUUAUCAAUGCCCGAAGUUGAAAACUGGCAUCAGAGUCCAAGAUCAAGUCUGGAUGAAAAGAAGAAGUCGGAGUUUAACAAGAUGAUUCCAGUGGCCCCAGAUGAAUUCCAUCCACUUCCCUCGCCUCCGGCAUUAAAGCACCGUCCGCAAAAGCAUCGAGGAAGAAUGGACAAAGUUGAUUCCAUCCCUUUGAAAGAUAGACGAAAAAGCCAGCGCCGUGUUUCUUGGGACAGCGAAAAGUUGCUCAACGAGAUUUCUCCCGUGAAAAGCCCAGCAGGGACAAAUACCAUGCCUCACCCUUCUCCUCCAUCUCCUCCAUCUUAUCCUUCCCAUACUAUUGGUGGACGCAGUACCGACUCGGCCGCUGUGGAACUGCUUCCAGACAUCAUCCCGUUGGCCCAAACCAUCACUCAUCUUACCCCGGAGAUUAUCAAUGGUCUUUCCCAGGUCAUGGUAGAAACCCAGGAUGAUGCCGAUGCUUGGAGCGAGGAACUUGAUCAUAUCCAAAGCACUGGUGGCUUUGAACAACCGGAAUGGCGUUUUUCUACCUUGCGACAGCGUGAAGCGUUCCCCUUCAUCGCCCAAAGCACAUUCUUCGUGCUCAGUAGUCCUCAGCAUAUAUUGCGUUCAUUUGGUAUUGAGUGUUCCAACGUGGAUGGAGCGAUCUCAAAUCGCCUGGAUGUUUCGCAUCUUCGUGGGUCGUUGCAGCUUCUGUUUUCGGUUUGCCCAUGGGAUAUUGCAUUGCACAGCGUGUGGGGCUCGUUAGACAGGUUGUUCAUUCCUCCCAAUGGACUCACAUCCUCUGGACGUCCGUCUCGUCGAUCUUCUCGGAGUUCCGCUAUGUCUGGGCCUGCGUCUUCGAUUGUUCCCCGGCGCAUUUCUGCAUCCGCCAACGAAGACUACGUGUCUGAUCCCGAUGCCGCAUAUAUCUGCACAGUUGCCUUGUUUACAUUGGUCAGCUGCAUGCCAAAGAUGGAUUCACUCACAUGGCGAGCAGUCGUACACAUGCGUGCCAAUGGAUCCGUUGCUUCAUUCUCGCACAUGGGCAAGCUUCCUCCCCACAAUGCCAAGCAAGUCGUUGAAGUGACGGAUAGGUUUGAACAUGAGCUAGGCCUCCGUUUAAUCGCCCGACUCGUCCGUCUUUUCACCGCACGAUUGGCAUACCAUGAAAUAUCAAAAGCUCGCCAUGGAUAUCAAGCCGACCAGCCAAAACAGCGCAAGGUCAGCCUGUUAGACCGCGUACUAGACUACCUGAGUGAGCAGCACGCCUCGCACGACUCUGACGAAUCAAUCACCCCGGCCGCGCUCAUCGUCGAGUGGCUCCGGACUCUCUUCUUGCGUGAAUGGGAUGGUAACCCCGAUAUGGCCCGAAGCGGCGCUGCUGGUGGUGCCGUUGAAAUUCUGUCGUCCAUGUACAAAGCCCGAAACAGACUGGGCCUUUCUUCCGAACUCUUCCACACCCCCCUUCUGACAGAGCGGCUGGACCCGCUAGAAAUGCCUGUGGCAUGGGUUGGGAGAAUCUCCAACAACCGAAGGAUGCAUCUAUUGUCAUAUUCAUUCCUCUUCCCUCCUUCUUCCCUUGUCAUUUACUUCCGCGCCUUAAACUAUUCUGCCAUGACAAAGUCUUAUGAGGCGGCGAUGACCACCACCAGACAUGUCACUCAGACAGCCUUCGGUGCCAUCCAAAUUGCGGAUGACCCUCGACUCCUCACUCGCUUGAAAACAUCCAUGUCGACAUAUUUCGUCCUCGUUGUUCGACGCGACAACAUUCUUUCAGACGCACUCAGCCAGCUGUGGCGACGCGAAAAGCGGGAACUGAUGCGGCCAUUGAAAGUGCAGAUGGGUAUGGACGAGGGCGAGGAAGGGCUCGAUCAUGGUGGUGUUCAACAAGAGUUCUUCCGCAUCCUGAUGGGCCAAGCCUUUGAUCCGUCUUAUGGCAUGUUCACAGUGGAUCCUCGACACCGAUUGUCUUGGUUCCAGCCAUGUUCACUGGAGCCGCUAUACAAAUUCGAACUCAUUGGGCUUUUGAUGUCCAUCGCAAUCUACAAUGGACUGACACUUCCUUUAAACCUGCCCCUCGCGUUCUACCGCAAGGCAUUGGGAUUGAAAGUGAAGCACCUGGACCAUAUUCGGGACGGAUGGCCUGAACUGAGCCAGGGUCUGGAAACACUACUGAGCUGGAAAGACGGGGAUGUCGGGGAUAUUUUCACCCGCACCUACGAGUUCAGCUUUGAAGCCUUUGGAAGCAUCGAAACGGUAGAUAUGCACAAGGUUGGGCGUGACGCUGCUUGGCCUGUUACAUCGAAGCACGUUACAAGCCCGAAGCGCCCUCAAAAGUACUACACGCCCACACCUCCUGAUCUACCAUACUGCACGGCAGACGAGCCUAGCACCACCACAGUCUCCCAUUCCGAGUCGAUCCAUCCUGUCCAGCCAAGUUCCGAGAACUUCUCUCGGUCUCCAACGCCCCCACCCGACGAAGCUGCCCUCGUUACCAAUCAAAAUCGACACCAGUUUGUCAAGGACUAUAUUUUCUGGCUGACAGACAAGUCCGUACGACCGCAGUUCGAAGCGUUCCAGAGAGGACUGUGCACGUGUUUAGACCGAUCUGCUCUGUCUAUAUUCUCCCCUGAAGCGCUCAAAACAGUUGUGGAAGGAAUCCAGACCAUCGACGUUACGGAGUUGGAGAAGCACGCCCGGUACGACGGUGGGUUUGGACGUCACCACCCCGUGAUUCGUGAUUUCUGGAGUAUCGUUCAAAACUACUCGAAUGAAAAGAGAGCUCGGUUGCUGGAGUUCGUGACUGCUAGUGACCGGGUUCCUGUCAAUGGAGUCUCAAGCAUUAUGUUCGUGAUCCAGAAGAACGGAGUUGGUGAUUUGCGUAUCCCCACAAGCCUGACCUGCUUCGGGCGUUUGCUUCUGCCGGAAUAUUCAUCCCGGGAGGCCAUGGCAGAGAAACUCGACAUUGCCCUUGACAAUGCGCAAGGGUUCGGCGUUGCAUGA